GGUUCCCUCUCAGGGAAUGGGCCCUCUGGUUUUGGUGCUGGGAGUGUUUAAGCUGGGCCUCUGUCAUGGAGGAACUGGCUCGGGAGAGCAUUAGCCUGCUGGCCCGGUCUGCAUCUCAUGCUGAUCCCCCGAGGCUCGGCUCAUUUGGAGCGGUGUUCAUCAUGUUGAAAUCUGCGCUGGGAGCUGGACUGCUCAACUUUCCCUGGGCCUUUGAGAAGGCGGGGGGUGUGAACACUGCCAUUACUGUGGAAAUGGUAUCACUGGUCUUCCUCAUUAGUGGUCUGGUCAUCCUCGGCUACGCGUCGUCUGUGAGCAGACAGAAGACGUAUCAGGAUGUGGUGAGAGAGGUGUGUGGACAUGCCGUGGGACAGCUCUGUGAAGUCUGCUUCUGCUUCAACCUCUUCAUGAUCAGUGUUGCCUUCCUGGUGGUGGUGCAGGACCAACUGGAGAAACUGUGUAUUUCUUUAUAUGAGACGGUGACCGGAUCCAGUGAGGCAGAAAUGCCCUAUCACUGGUACACGGACCAGCGCUUUGGCCUCUUCGUCAUGUGCUUUUUCAUCAUCCUGCCUCUGUCCAUCCCAAAAGAAAUCGGCAUACAGAAAUACACAAGUGUAUUAGGGACGCUUGCUGCUACAUAUCUCUGUGUCGCAGUCAUUGUCAAAUAUUAUCUAACGGACAGCCACACAAUUAUUACCCCAGAGCAAAGCCAAGGAGUGGGUUCCUGGGCCUCCAUGCUAAGUGUGGUACCAACCAUUUGCUUUGGCUUCCAGUGCCAUGAAGCCUGUAUAGCAAUCUACAGCAGCAUGGAGAACCAGAAGCUCCUCCAUUGGGUGGUCAUCUCUGUGCUCUCCAUGUUUUUCUGUUUGCUCAUCUACACUCUGACUGGUGUGUAUGGCUUCUUGACAUUUGGGCAAGAUGUGGCCUCAGAUAUUCUUAUGUCAUAUCCUGGGAAUGACGUGGUCAUGAUCAUCUCCAGGCUGCUUUUUGGAAUAUCGAUAAUCACGAUAUAUCCCAUUAUUCUUCUGCUGGGGAGAUCUGUGAUCCUGAACCUGGUGCUACAGGUUCAAAGAAAUCGUCGGGGAGUCGUCACUCAUUCGUUUGAGAGUCGCUGCAGGGUCGUUCUAACUGUGGCCUGGAUCUUCUUCACGCUUCUGAUUGCCAUGUUUGUCCCAGACAUGGCUGACGUUAUCAGCGUUAUUGGAGGAAUCAGCGCCUUUUUCAUCUUCAUCUUCCCUGGUCUUUGCUUAGUGUUCACAAUGCAAACUGAAGAUGUCUCUCCAAGAGUCCGGGAUAUUUUAACCAUCUGGGGGGUCGUAACCAUCGUGGUUGGAGCUUUUAUCUUUGGACAGAGCACCACCAUCGCUGUGAUGGAGAUUUUCCACAAGUUCUAAGCUUAACAGGUCAGUUCCUCUGCAGCAGAACCGCACCUCCUCUGUAGAACUGAACCUUGAAUUUGUUAAGAUGACUUUUACUUCUACAUAUAAAUAUGCAUUUUGUCUUCCUGAACUUAGCUAAAAAAUUUGUUAAUAGUGUCUGUCUGCCUGCAUGUGUGUGAUACGAUUGUAAUUUGAACAGAACACGUUUUUGUAUCGAGUCUGUAUAAAUAUAUAUUUGUCUGUUUGAAUCAUUUAUUCUUACUAAAUCCCACCAGAGGGCGGUACUACACCAUUUAUAAAUUACUGAACUGUAUUUUUUCGCCGUCCACAUCAAAUAUGUAGCUAUUUAUUGUCAAUUUAGGCAAGAGAAAGCAAGCCCAUGUCCUGUUUCUGCUGGUCUCUGUGAUAAUUUUGACAUGUAGGGUAUGUUUAAGGGAAAUUAACAAGAUGAUCUUUUAAAUGCAAAACAAUGAGUUCUGUAUCCUGCAAAUAUUAAUACUAGGGUGACUGUUUUCUUUUUUAUAUCUCAUUUCUGCAUUUCUCUAUUCUCCUUUUUUCUGCUGUGAAUCAUGGCAGUGGUAGAGUGCAGAACUGAGCUGUUUAUUAUUUAUCCAACUCAACCUUAAAUGAGUUUUGGGUCACAGCUUGCAAGUGUGCACAUGUGAAGGGAUUUACAGUGAAUCUAGAAACUAGUUGUGUCAGAGUAUGGACUCUGAGGGCAGCGAUUAUCAGUAGCAGAUGUGCCAGAAAUGCAAGAAGAAUACAGACAGCACAUAUCACUGAGAGACCGAAAAUUAUUUUAAGCAUUAAACGACAGAGCAGCUUUUAUGGAUUAUUCUGGUAUGAAAUGAAUGUUUUCAUCUUUUGCAGCACAACUUGUAGGUGCAAAACCUGUGACACUCUGCUUGUGUUUAGUCUUCAGGAUUAUAGUUUGACCUGGCCAAAUGCCUAAAUCCAUUAAACGUGUGAGGGGGAAAGAAAUGCUUAAAAAAUCACAUAAAGCUCCUUACAAAUCCUGCAGCUGCUCUGUGUAAACCAGCGUGCUGGCUUUAUAAAGUAGACAUAGUUAUAACUAGCAUCCAGCUUUCAAAAGAUUAACACCUCAGCUGUCUGAGCAUAUUUCUCUGACUUUUCUGCCUGGAAAAAUAAGGUUACCCUACAUUUUUAUUUUUUCAGGCAUUAUUCGCUAAUGUCAGAGAAAUGCUGGCAUGAUGACAGCUGUUGUCACUGAAUACAAAGAUGAGAGAGUGUCAUUAAUGUCACAGCUUCUUGGUCAUAAUGAAAAGCAGAGAACAAAUGUUUUUUUUUAUUGCUGUGCAGUAGAACCAAAGCACAUGCUUAAUUUUCUCACUUCAACCUGCAUGUCUUUAUGGCACAUUUUAACCAAACCGGAUUUUUUUUAAUGGUUAUUUUUCAUUUUUAAAGCACAGAUGUAAGCAAUUAAUAUGGCUAUUUUUCUUCACUAAUUAGAAGUAGUCAAGUUUCUUUGUUGUGUUUCUAUAACUAGUUCCAGUCAGAAGAUUGAACAAAGUCAUCAUGGGGCAUGGCGGUCAUGUUAAAGACAGACGAUUCAUUUGCACAUGGUUUUACAGGCUGAAUUGAUAAUAGAACAUACAACUUUCAUCACUUUUAAUAAGAACUAAUUGCUCAAGCUUUAAUUUAUUGUAGAUUUCUUCAAAUCUACACAGGUUGAAAAUUAUACUGGCUUAAGAAGCCCAACUAUAGGUCCCUUAACACAACAUUGUGUCCAAUGACACACUUGGAUAAAAGGAAUUUGGUUAGAGCAAUAAGGAACAGUCCAGGAACCACCGUAGCUUAAGGCCCUAACUGUCCACAAGGAAGCCAGUUUUACAUUAAUAGGAACUCAGAGGGUGCCGACCAAGAAAGAAGCACCUGUUCUAAAAUUGAGACACUUAAGCCUGACUGAAAUCUGAAACUGUCCGCAUGGACAGGUCAGAUGCCUGUGGAAGAAAGGUUUUAUGGUCACACAAGAUGAACAAAGAGCCAUUUUCCCACGGUGACAAGAAGAAUGUUUGUACAUAGCAAGGUGAGGCUUUGAAACCUAACACUGAACAAACUGUCCUGCAUGGAGGUGGUCGCAUCAUGCUGUGGGUAUGUUCUCCUGCCAGUGGUUCUCGUGCAUUACAGAAAAUAAACAGAAUAAGGAAAACAGCAAACUUCCUCCACAUUCCUCAACUUCACCUCAAAUGAACAGACGGUUGGAAGGUGGACACAGAAGGGUGUUAAAUUAUCCAGCCAUCACUACGCCAGAAGCCUGUUGAUAGCUAUAAAAAGUGUUGGGUUUAUCUGCUAAGGGACAUCCAACCAAAUAUUAGUGGGGUGUAUCUAUAUAUUUGAGUCUGUAUGCUUAAUGUUGUUACUCUUAAAGAAAUGUCAAAUAAAUCUGAAAAUGUGCACCGACUUCUUGUUUCUCUCAUUUCUCCACACUAAUAAAAAAGAAUGCUCCAAUACAUUUUAAAGCGCAAAUUUAACAUGACAUUUAUGCCCAUGAUACAUAUAUUUAAACUUCUGACCAGAACCGUAAACCUGACAUUGACCAAACUCUGCAUAGUGAAAACCUAAAAAUACACAAACGCUUCAAAGCAAUCUAUUGCACAAAGGUUUUAAAGCUAAAAUCAUGUCAGGAGUCUAAAUGUGCCAAAAUAUUGUUGCUAAAGACUGAAACAAUGAAAAGUGAAACUGAGGGACUGAAACCUCUAACAAGGCUGGAUGGAUGGAUCACAUUAUUUUUGUUUCAGAAACAUAAUUUCCAGUCCUCAUCAGAAUACCAUCCCUCAUUAUAGAAAGAUUACUGGUUAUAUCAGCUUGUUCAGAGCUAGUUAGUUAAACUGUAUUUUGCAGCUGUACGCUGUUUUAACAUUAAAUUGCUUUUGAUAAGAGCCUUAGCGGGGCACCAGUGAAAACUGAUGGUACUCAUUCAGUUUGUUGGCUCUCCCAGUGAUUUUAAUCUUCAGGCCUUUUGUAUUCAGAGUGAAUAAAAAAUUAUUUGCAGAUUAGUCACAAUUGAAUUGAAAACACUCUGCAGCCUCAGAUGAAGUGCAUGUUGCUGUAUGACCUUGUUUUUUCUACAUCAAGGUGAUAUACUUUAGCCCAUCCAUAGCUCAUCCAGUUGCCCAUCCUUUAUUGAACCGGUGACUUUAGAUCUUUGACCUCUGAGCUAACCUCUGAGACAUAAUCAAUUCGGUUUUUAGGUACAGGAGACAACUAUCAGCAGGUGCGCAGCAGAUCAGAUCAGCAUGAUCUCGAAUGCUAUGUGACCUGCUUCACCAGAAAUCUACUAAGUCUGUGAAUCCGUUGGUUGGAGAUUGUUAAAGAUCUUUUCACAGAAAUACUGGAGCAAAAAAAAAAAAAGUCUGCAAGACUUAAAUUAUUGCCUAUUCUUCUUUGACGAAUAGUUCAGCAAGCUCAGUCACUGUAUGGAGACUGUCUGCGAACAUCAAUUUUUUAAGUCCUGCUAUUGGAUUAAGGGCUGAACUUUGACUGGGCCAUUCCAACUCACAUAUAUGCUUUGUUCUAAACCAAUCCACUGUACAGUAGCUCUGGCUUCUUGUGUAGGAUUGAGUUUUAGGAGAACAUUCUCUGCAACACUAUGGGUUUGCAUCUUUAUAUAAAACUGUUGGCUGAGUUGAGGUUGAACAAAAGUUGGAAAAAAUACUAGUUUUAGAGUAGGUUAUUGUAUUUGUUUUUAGAUAUACAGAGUCAUUUUAAAGGAUAGGGUGAGCCAAAGAAGGCAAAGUAAACUGAAUACUGGAGGGAAAUUAGGGCCAGGAUGCCCUUUCCAAAUAUGAAUAUGAGGCUGACGUCUUACUUCCAGGACACAUUUCAUUCUUUAAAGUCACACAUGACCUUUAUGACUCCAUUCUCUAUAUCCAGUGAUUUAAAGAGUAUGCUACUGCAGCUCAGUUGAACGCCAUAAACUCUGAGUUAUACUGAGCUGAUAUUUCAUAGGAUUUAAAAAAAGCUUGGUUCUGUUUCCAGGUUCUUCUAGAAGUGUUUUCGUUCUGCUUUUGUUCAGUUCACUCAUGCGGAGCCAGCGAACAAGCUGAUCCAAUAGGUCCUGACACACUGAGAUUUCCAGCUGAAUUCAGCUUAAAUGCCACCAUUAGAAAAUCAGUUUACAGCUUGCCUUAAUAUCCGCUCAUAUAUAUAUCAUCCAUUUAGUUGGUAUCUUGACCUUAUUUGUUGGCUUUUGACUCAUCGCAUCUUUGAGUAGUGUUUGAAUGUCAAUGAUUCUGUUGUUUAGAUCUUAUUUGACCUAAAAAAAAAUUAAAUCGGAGUUCAUGCUAAGUUUACGAGUUCACCAUCUGAUCAUUUAAUCCAGAUUUAUUCUGCUGCAGAGCUCAAUAGAAACACUCAGAUAAUGGGUUGCGUUUGUCUUUUACCUUCACACACUCAUCCAGGGCAAAAAAAUACAGCUAUAGACCAAGUAUAUUCAGUAUGCACAA